UUCAUCCAUCUAAAUCGGCCGUGCGAGGAUUCGCCGUUACGUCAUUUUCGCGAUGUCCGGGGAAACAGGGACUUUGAAUGUAGUUGGUCAACAGGAGCCAGCUGGCGCACCGCCUGUCUCUGCGGCGACCAGCGUCGCCGAAAUCCCGGCGCCCGACCCUCCCGCAAAGGGAAAGGCUGAUGAACCCGUGCGGGCUAACGUGCCUGAUUCCGGACCGGGCGACGCCUCGGGCGAAAAUGGCUUAGCCCCCACAACUGCAACUGACGGCACGGAGGCGACGGAGGAGUCAGGCGCAUUGCGCAAGGAACCUACUUCAGCGCCCGUGGAUAACAAUGUCGAAGCCGCUGAGCCCGCCACGCUUCCUACCGCUCCCCUGGCGGUAGAAACGAAGGAGACGAAUGGCCUUUCCAAUCCCGUUGUCGCCGAGCCGGAAGCUACCGCCGCGCAACCGGAUAAAGACUCAAGUGAGCAAGGCCGGGAGACCGCGGCGGCUUUGGAGAAGUCGACGGAGAGCGCAGAAACUACAGCUCCCGUCACAAACGGUAAAUCCGAGGAGAAAGACACGGAAAUGAAGGAGGACCCGGCUACUGCGGCUCCGUUCGCCGACACCGCUAAAGAAGACGGUCUAACCGCGCCCGUCGAAGCCGGCACCAAGCGAGAAGCUGGGGAAGCCCUCGGCCCGGAUGCUGAUGCCGGAGCCGGCCUUCCGAAUGGCAAGAAAGCCAAGACUGCUGAUGGAGAGACGGCAGCCGAACACAAGGCUGAGGCCAAUGGAGGAGCGGAUACGCGGGCCCCGCCUGCGAAGAAAGUCGGCCGUCCGAGGAAGCAGGCAAAGCCCGCAGUGCCGGUUGGCAGAACGUUGCGGAAGACGAGGAGCCAGGGGCCUAUUGAGCCUUGAAGUUGAAGCAGCGCUGAUGUCAGGUUGUUGAAGUGAUGGGUGGUCAUCUCUCUUCUAUUUACUUUCAUGGUUAUCAAACGAUGUUUGUCUGGGUGGGUUAAUGGAGAACGGGCUCUCAAAAUUUGGAGUUGGAGUUUUCUUUUUUUUCUAGGUACACCGGCCUAC